UUCUCCAAAACAUCAGUUGAAUAAUUCUUUGAAGAAAGCUAGAAGCAAACAAAGGAAGCUCCAAGCUUAAUCCACUACUUGCAUUGUUACCAGCACUCAUGAUAAAACCUGACGUUGGGUGGAAUGCAGUUAAGAAUGGGGUGGUUUGCAGUGAAUGGUGAAGCAUCACAAAGGCCAUAUUUUACAACCCCCUGUAAUUUAACUUAUAGUAAGUUAGCCUUUUACAGGCACUUGUUGGGUUUCCUGCCACUAAAUUUUCACCAUUCUGUGAUGGAUGUUUGUCGUGGAGUGGUUUAUGUUUGGGUUUGUUUGGCUUGUCUCAAUGCUGUGAAAGAGGUAACAUGUGGGCGUCAAGAAAGCAUUUGUGGUACGUACAAUGGACGAAGGCUAUACUUGGAGUUGGGCGACAAAGGAAUCCUUUAUUCUGGGAAUGCAACUAUUCACCAAAAAUCAAACCAGCGUGAUAUCAAGGUCCACGACCAGUGCAGCAUCGAGAUAGUAACGUGUCCAGCAUGUGUCAUCAAAGUGUCGUUUCUUCACAUGAACUUAUCACCACAAUGUGGCAACAGCGCUGGAGGGAUGGGAGAGCAUCAAUGUCGUUGCGACUAUCUCUGGUUGUCUGAACCACCCUACGAAGAAGUCUCUGGCGCCUCGUAUUGUGGUUUUUUCCAGUCGACGACCAUCAAUGCCCUCAAUUAUCGAUCUCUCACCCGUUCGCUUUCAUUGACAUUUCUAUUCACAGAGUCUCACUCAAAUGCUUUUGUAUUAGAGUUCACAGCUGAAAGAAAUAGACUCCACUUUUCAGGGUCUCCUCGCAUCAGUAACAUACCGCAAAGUAUCAGCCCAGGCGGUGAAAUCACCUCCCCAUUUUUCCCGGCCCAGUAUCCGAGGGAUUUGAGUUCUGAGUACACGAUCCAUUGCGAUGUGCAGAUUGGAGUGCGAUGCAGAAUUCGUCUGCUGUUUCUUGAUUAUCAACUUGCAACUGUUUCCAUCAUGAAAUUUUACAACCUAGACAAUGAAAGGCAACACAUCGACUCCAGCUCUGGAGCUUCGUUUCGGCCUCCAGUUAUUUUAUCUUCUGGCCCUACGCUUCUCAUCCGGUUCAAUGCCAAUGGUGGAACUGGUCUAGGAUUUAAGAUCCUAUAUUCUUUUGUAACAGGUACUUUUGACCUAACAGCCAUCAAACCAAUAACAUAUUGCGGAGGUCAUGUAGAGAACCUAGGUGGAGCCAUCACAAUGAUGAAUAUGGUUGAACCAGGGAAGUCCGUGAAAAAAUAUGAUUGUAUCUGGGUAAUAAAACCCUUGACCAAUUAUUUUCACCUCAAGACACACAUUUACUUAAAAGUUGUAACCUUCAGCAAUAUGGCUGAUGCAGCUGAGAUCAUCGUAAGGAAAGGAGUGACAUCUGAUGGACCUAUCAUUGAAUCAGCCCGUUUUAACUCGUUUCAAGGCAAGAACUCACCCUCAAAAGUUGAGCACAUUGUGCCAUUGAAUGUUGGUUUUUACGUCACUUUGCAUGGUGCCUUUUCUGCCUCCUCCCGGGUUGCAAUUGUUUAUUCUGCUUUCAGCUUUGUGGACGAGUUUGCAUCCACUUUUCCAUCUCAUCGAGACUGUUUUUCUGGAUCUGAUUUUCUGUGCCAAAACCAUCGAUGCAUUUCCGGCCAUCUAAGUUGCGACGGGUUUGAUCACUGUGGUGAUAACAGUGAUGAGCCGUCAGAGUGUUAUCAUGAGUGGGGGUCCGACCUGCUGGAUCGAAGAUGGUAUGCAAAAAUUCCAAACUAUUAUUUCCCAAAAAUCGAGCCGUAUCCAGACUUGAAGACGGCAACAUUGGUUUUCAUUGUAGGCACAUUUGGUUUAAUGAUGCUGAUUGUCACUCUCAUUGUCUUACUCUAUCGCAUGGGCUCAAGAGGCAACCAACAAAGGGAGCUUCAGAAUCAUUUACAAACCAUCAGUGAUUUGUUAGCGGCAGAGUCACGGCCUGAAGAGACACCGCCUGAUGAGCCUCCAGUAUACGAAGCUCCGCCAGACUACGAUGAAAUCAUCAAGUUAACUCCAACCCUUGUCCCAGCUUCAACACCAAGACACCCCCAUAGGAGAAAAAGACAACUGGCCAAUUUCCCCUCAAAGCCAUCUUUUUCUGCGAACUUAGAGAGCACUUUGGAUCCUAUGAACACAAAACUAUCAGUUGCUCUACCACCAGUACAGGAAGGCGGUCAAAGGAGACAAUCUUUACCAGGUUCAAUGCUAAGUGCCUCGACAGACGCUCUGCUUGGAUCUAUACCAUCCUGUCCGUCGACACCUGCACAUACUCUCACCUCGGUGCCAGACUCCCCCCCUCCCCCAUAUGUCGAGUCUCCUUUUCUUGUUCGAAAGACAGGUGCAGAAAACCAAGACAUCUUCUUGGACUUCCCUUCAGAGGGCCCAUCCGUAGUUAAUGGAUCUCCUCUGCCAGUAACAUUAUCCAAUGCUGACGUUGCCCCCAGGAAUUCAAUGACAAUUCAGAUGCAUUUUCCUGUGGAAAAUCCCAGCAUCCAGGACAUGUGGGGUGAUCCUCAAAGUGCUAGCACUUCACAACCUUGGACCAUCGAACCAGCAGACGUAUUCUUUACCCAGUGGGCAGAUGCUAGUGUAAUGUCUCGGCUGUCGGAUUCUUGGGUCCAGUUCAAAAGUUCAGAAUCUAGCCUACCCGGAUUGCAGACUCCUGAACGGCGAUCACCUGACAUUCGACUGUCAGAGGUCCUUACUGAUGAGUUCAGAGAAUCUCCGGACAUUGAAUGUAUCAACAUUUCAGACAAACUGGACACUUAUAGCUGGGGGAGCUCCUCUCUGAAUAGUCACGAUAUCACAAUGCCCACUGUCUCACCUGAUCCUUCCAACGAUUUCAACGACAAAUUAAAAUACUUUGAUCUUCUGGUAUCAAAGUAUAAUGUUGCACCUCGAGGGAGUUUAAGGCAAGUUGGAAGACGAAGAAUGAGAUCUCUUGACAUGAGGCUCUUUAGUAAACGCGAAAUAUGUUCUUUGUGCCAUAAUGCAUCCUGCACAGAAAAUUCCAGCGUGCGUAGCAAAAGUAAUAUGGCAGCCUUGAGUACUUAUCUCACUCGCCUCGAUGUAGGACCGACAAAAUUAAAAUCUAACAGUAGCUCCGUUAAAGUUUGUGAUAAGUGUCAAAUGAAAGCAAGCAAGAAGUUAUGCCUCAGCAUUGGAUCAUCAUUGGAUGAUUUAAAUAGCCUAGUUUAGUGAUUCAUAACAACUUUUCAAGCUUUUAAAUAAUAUGGGUUGAAUGCAGUCUCACGUUAAAAUUUUUAUCUUUCUGAAUCAAUUUCUAUACAUUGUUGAAGUAUACUAACUCUGUAUGCUUCAAUUGAUUUUUCUUUGUAUUUCAAAGGAAAUAGUAAAAACAUUCAAAAGAAGAAAAUUGAUGUUAUUACAAA